AUGCCUAAAACGCCUGAUUAUGAUAUUGGCGCCUCUCAAGAGAAUUCUAUCGAGUUGCUUGAAGAUUCUGAUGAUGAUGAUGCCAUGAUGGUUGAUGAGCGGGACGUAACUACCAGCGAUUCCGGGGAUACCUUUUAUUCUGCAGGUUUGGAGGAUAUGCAACCAGACGAAGACUUUGACGACGACAUUUUCAGCGUGGACAGUGGGAACAGCGAUGCUGAUAUGGACGACGCUAUGUUUCAUGAUAAAUCAACUGAAGAAGACAAUUACAAAGUGGAUUUCGCAACCAAAGAUGUCGAUAAAUUGAGAAUCAUGCAAAAGGACAAUGUGAAUCAAGUAGCGUCUUUAUUGGCCAUCAGGCCACAAGUGUCGGCCAUCCUAUUACACUAUUUCUGCUGGAACAAGGAAAAGCUCAUUGAAAAGUACAUGGAGGGCCCUGAUAGAGUACUGGUGGAUGCUGGUAUUCAGGUUGUAUCUGAAAGCAACAACAAGAGAGAUUGCAGCGCUUCAUUCGAAUGUGAGAUUUGCUGCAAUGACGAGCCAGGCUUGGAAACUGUUAGUCUUGCUUGCGGUCACUUGUUUUGCGUGGAUUGCUACUCGUACUAUUUGUCAGAUAAAGUCAAGCAGGGCGAUGCCACCAAUAUUCAGUGCCCCCAAGAGGGAUGUAAAGCAGCCGUGGAUGAAGCUACUCUGAAGGUUGUAUUAGACGAUGACAUGUACAUCAGAUACCAGAGCUUGUUGGACAAGGUCUAUGUACAGGCUAAUCCCAAUUUGAAGUGGUGCACAGCUCCUGAUUGCAAAUAUGCCAUUGAAUGCGACAUCUCAAAGAACUCUCUCGGUACCACUGUCCCUACAGUAACUUGUGAGUGUGGGCAUGUCAUGUGUUUUGGAUGCGAUCAUAAAAACCAUCAGCCAGCAAACUGCGCCAUGGUCAAAGAUUGGUGGGAAAAGAAGGAGGAGGACUCGGCAACAGCUACUUGGAUCUCUAGUCAUACCAAGGAUUGUCCCAAAUGUCAAUCACCUAUCGAAAAGAAUGGCGGAUGUAAUCACAUGUGGUGCAAACAGUGCAAACACGAGUUUUGCUGGGUUUGCUUGGGCGACUGGAAAACGCACAAUGGCCAAGCUUACAGUUGCAACCGAUACAGGGAGGACACUACUGGCUUUUCAAGAAAGAGAGCAAGCCUUGAGCGAUACUUGCAUUACUGGACUCGCUACACCAACCACCAGAACUCAUUAAAACUGGAUCAAGCGUUAUAUCGCAAAACAGAGAGCUCCAUGUUGCAAGUACAAAAAACAAGCAAUCUCACCUGGAUUGAAGUGCAAUUUCUGAAACGUGCUGUGGACAUGAUUGUGCAAUCUAGAAACACAUUAAAGUGGUCCUACGUCAUGGCCUACUACAUGGAUAAAACCAACCAAAAGACCAUAUUUGAAGACAACCAAAGAGACCUUGAAGUAGCCACGGAACAACUCUCAGAGCUGCUUGAGACACCCAUUCUCUCAGAAAACAUUGCAGAUUUGCGCAAACGUGUGCUCGACAAGUCAGUGUACGUGAGUCAUAGACAAAACACACUGAUCACAGAUACUGCAAAGGGACUCUACGAAGGAAGAUGGGAGUUCAAGGGAAGUGAAGAUCUCUAA